AUGCCCUGCAAUUUACCAGAAUCUGAUCAAGGAUUUCUGGAGAAGUCCAUUGAAGUGACAAUUAAAGGAAAGAAAGUUCAAGUAACAGAGAACAUCAUUCGGGAAUCUCUCCAAAUAGACGACAGAUCUGAGUACACUAUGGAGAUUAACAUUCAUCAAACCCAGGAUGUCUUAGAGCACAUGGGGAGAUCCGGUGCAAAUGAAAUCUCCCUGGCUAACACUGGUGCAAUCACAGCCUUGGCUGCAGGAUUUGAAUUCAACUUCUCCAAGUUCAUAAUGCAUGAGUUGAUUCUAAACCUUGAAGGGAACAAGAGGGAUAAGUUCUUGAUGUACCCAAGAUUGUUUCAAAUCAUCUUCAAUGUAAUGCAUCCCGAGCUGCGGAGGGGAAACGAAACCUUGGAUCUCAAAUUCGUUGGUCCAAGUUCUUUUGGGCUAAUGAAACAGAAGAGAGGUGGGAAAUUCGUUUUUGAGGGAAAUUUCCCUUUGAUAAAAUUCGGAAUCUUUGAAGAGAGUGAUCGAUCAGAAUCAGGAGAGCAAUCCAUCCCUAUGGAAUCUGAAGACAUUGUACAUUCAACCUCUGAGCCAGAAGCUGAGGAGAUUCAUGAUUCUCCUACAGCCAUUGUGGCUGAAGAACAUGAUUAUCAAAAAGAAGAUGAAACACUAUCUGCUCAAGAGGAAGAUGAUGAUGAUCUUUAUGGUGACGUAGAGUUUUUGAAGGAAAUUGAUUUUACAGGCAUUAGUGAUGACAUCCUGAUAAAUAUAGAAUUUGAUCUGGAUGAUGAAGAAUUCGGUCCUUUUCCUGGAAUCCCUAGUAGCUGUCUUAAUAAAGUCGAUGAAGUUGCAUCUUCAGCAACCAAGACUAGAGAUGAAGGAAAAUUUCUCAAGAUUUUGCUCUCUACAUCAAAGCUCAUGGAGGUCGCAUCAAGCCAAGGAGAUGUGACAUCAGAGAUUCCUUCCUUUGUGUCAUCCAUCUCAACAUCUGCUCCAAUUGUUCUUGAUUCAACUCAGCCCCAGACCUCUCAGUUUUCUAUGGAAACAAGUCAAUCAUUUGCAUGUUUGGAGGUACCCACUAUGGGCAGUGCACCUCAAGUUUUUUCCACAGUCACUACUACCACUGCUUAG